AUGCCACUCAUGGCUCAAGGUGCAUGGCGUUCAGUGCCUUUCGCUCGCAUUAGUGAACGCUACGCAGUGUUAAAGACUGUCCCAAUGCGCACGUGUAACUCUUUUUUUGUUCAAUCACCUCAAUUACCAUUUACAGGCUUUGAAUUGCUCUUUCUAGGCACAGGUGCAGGAUCUCCAUCCAUACGACGUAAUCCAACAAGUGUUUGUGUGCGAUUAGGACGUAGUAAUUGGAUGUUUGAUUGUGGUGAAGGAAGUCUUCGGCAAUUAAUGGAAAGUGUUGUACGUGUGCCACUUACGACCAAGUUCUUUAUCACACAUCUUCAUGGGGAUCAUGUAUAUGGACUACCAGGCAUUCUAUGUACAUUGGACAAUCAUAAUGCAGAGUAUAAAGAUCCACAGACAAAGGACAAAAUCCCAAGACCUAUUGAUGUUUAUGGUCCACUUGGACUGUUUUCGUACUUGAAUACUGCAUUUUCAACAAGUAGCACAAAGCUAAUGAAUCUCAAGAUUACAGUGCAUGAAUUAGUGUGUCCUCAUAUGCUGAAUCAUAUGUCUGCACAUGAGAAAUUCAUGCGGAAUGCACCACAACAUCCAAGUCUUAGACGCAGUUUGAUUUACGCCGAGUCGGAUGGAAAUGGAGGUGUAUGGAACGUGUUAGACGAUGGGAAGUUUAUUGUGAAAGCUGCUACGUUAAAGCACACGGUGACGAGCUUUGGUUAUGUCGUUGAAGAAUACCCUUUUCCUGGAAAAUUAAACAUCGAUGCACUUCGCAAGCGCGGCCUACCACCUGGACCAAAUUAUCGUAAACUCAAAUUGGGGUGUAGUAUCGAGCUGCCAAAUGGGGAAAUGAUUCACGCAUCCGAGGUGACUGGACCAAAGGGACGUGGACGUAAGGUAGCAAUACUUGGCGACUCUGCUGAUUCCUCCCGAAUGUAUGACAUCGCACAGAACUGCGACGUUUUGGUUCACGAAGCAACGCUCAGUCAUAAGAUGGUCAAACAGGCGAUACAUCGUGGACACUCGACGGCUCGCAUGGCAGGGCACGCGGCCCAGAAGAUGAACGCGACAUUACUUGCUUUGACGCAUUUUAGUCAUCGGUUCCGGCACUGGUCGGCUGACUUUGACGCAUUCACAACACUUCAUUUGGCAUUAGAGGCUCAGGAGUGUUUUGGUCGACGAGCGGUUGUAUCUGCAUCGGACUUUCUUCGCAUUCCCAUUCCACGUCCACCUCACGAAUAG